UUCGCUCUUUCCCGCGCGUUCAGUGCGUAUAAAAGCCGUUAAAAAUUUGGCGGUAUUUAUGGUAAAUUUCAGCUUUCUUCGCGAGAUUCGGGGUCGAAAUUUGGCCGAAAAAUUGCGAGUUUUCGUUCAGAACUGGAAGCUUUCUCUGCAAAUUUGGCUCGCCAUGGCGAUUCAGUUCAAAUUUGUGGUGUUUAUCCCCAUUCCGUGAAUUUAUCAGUUUAUGUAUUUAUGCCGGAUAUCGCCAUUAAACUUGUGUUAUUCUAGGGUUUUGGGAUUGUUCAUCCAAGCUUCAUCGCUAAAGGUUCCGUUAAUCAGCUCAUUUUGUACCAGUAGAUUGAGCUCCAGUUCUUCAAUGGAGCCUGCUAAAAAAUCCAUGAAAAAAAGGUCAGAAGAAGGGGCCCCCUCAAGUAAUGGUAGAUUGUUGAAGAAACUGAAAAAUAAGAGUGGAAUAGGAAUGGAAUCGGAACCUGAAGAUGAAGAAACUGGGGUUAAGGUUCAAUCAGGGAGAGUUAGAGUGCUUAAAGCUGGAGAAACUGGGGGUAAUGGGCCUGUUGUUUACUGGAUGUUCAGAGAUCAGAGAUGUAACGAUAAUUGGGCUUUGGUUUAUGCUUUGGAGCAAGGAGCUAGAUUGAAUGUUCCAGUGGUUGUGGCGUUUAAUUUGUUUGAUCAGUUUUUGGGGGCAAAAGCCAGGCAGUUAGGGUUUAUGCUCAGGGGUUUAAGAGAUCUUGAGCAGAGCCUGAAGGUUUUAGGCGUUCCAUUUUUUCUAUUUCGGGGAGAAGCUGAUGAAAAUAUCCCUAAAUUCACGAGCCAAUGCAAUGCAUCCCUUCUUGUCACAGAUUUCUCGCCCUUACGGAUCAUUCAAAAUAUAAAAGAGAAUAUAUGCCAUAGGGUAACCGAAGAAAUUCCAGUUCAUGAAGUGGAUGCUCAUAACAUAGUACCAGUGUGGGUGGCCUCUGAUAAAUUGGAGUAUGGUGCAAGGACUAUAAGAACCAAGAUCAACAAGCUUCUACCAGAGUACCUCACUGAAUUCCCUGAUUUGAAAGCCCCCCAAAUUAGAUGGAAGGAUGAAUCUCCUGUUGAAAUAGAUUGGGAGAACCUCAUCGCUGAAGUUCUGAGGAAAGGUGGUGCGGUUCCUGAAGUACACUGGAUUGAACCUGGUGAACAAGCAGCAUUGGAUAUGCUUAUGGGUAGCAAAAAUGGCUUCCUUUCGACAAGAUUGAAAAAUUAUUCAACCGAUCGAAACAACCCAUCAAGACCUAAGGGCCUUUCGUGCCUUUCUCCUUACUUGCAUUUUGGUCAAAUCUCUUCACAGCGCUGCGCUUUGGAGGCUCGUAAAUUUCGAAAAUUAUAUUCCCAGUCAGUAGAUUCGUUUUUGGAAGAGCUCAUUGUACGAAGAGAAUUGGCUGACAAUUUUUGUUUCUACCAACCAAAUUAUGAUUCAUUACAAGGAGCAUGGGAAUGGGCCAGAAAAACCCUAAGGGAUCAUGCUGGAGACAAGCGGGAGCAUAUCUACACGAUGGAGCAGUUAGAAAAAGCAAAAACGGCAGAUCCUUUAUGGAAUGCGUCUCAGUUAGAGAUGGUUCACUACGGAAAGAUGCAUGGAUUCAUGCGGAUGUAUUGGGCAAAGAAAAUACUUGAAUGGACAAGUGGACCCGAGGAAGCUCUUUCAAUUGCGAUACAUUUGAAUGACAAGUAUGAAUUAGAUGGUCGAGAUCCAAAUGGCUAUGUUGGCUGUAUGUGGUCAAUAUGCGGUAUUCAUGACCAGGGAUGGCGAGAAAGAUCUGUGUUCGGGAAAAUACGUUACAUGAAUUAUGCUGGCUGUAAAAGGAAAUUCGACGUUGAUGGCUACAUAGCUUAUGUGAAGAAACUUGCAGCGGAGACAAAGAAAAGGGUUCCAAUUAAGGAAAUCAUGGAACAUAACAACUAGAAUUCUCGCAACCUCGAAAAUAACUGGUUAAGUUAUGGACAUGCAGCCAUUCCUUAGUUUAACCCUCUCAAAAAAAAGGCUUUUUCCUGUGGAUUUAACCACGAUUAGAACCAGGACUCAAGGCUUUUGUACCAGGACAACCGGGGUUAGAGCUGAGGGCUGAAUGGCUCUUAUUGUGGGUCAGACACUAGGGCUAAGGUUAUUCUCCCAGAGUCGAGGCCAGAGCAGUGCCACCAUGCUCGUAACAUUCUCUCUCUCUCUGUAAUAUUAUUUGUUUUUCUCUCCUUUUUUGUAGUCUAAAAAUAGAUAUUGUCCAGACUUUAAUUGUAUUGGAUACAUGGGCACAAGCAUCACGUGAAAUGGUCGUUUUUCACAGGUGGUUCAUGUAUCCUUGUUUUCUACGUAUAAUAAUCCCUCUCUCUUCU